AAACUCUGGCCAAUCUCGAGUCACAUGACUCCACCACCGGCAGCGAUCCAGAGCGCAGGGACCACUCGGAGUCGGGAGCUUCUGUAGCCCACUGCAAGCCUGCACACAGACCAAACGCCACCUUAAAACGCCCGAUUCCUUCUUUUUAAUUGAAACACGUUUUACUCCCACUCGUGUAUAGCUGGUAUUUGGGACCGUGUGUCUCUGAGCGAGUUUUGAUUUUCACCUUCUAAGGAUUUUGCUUUUCUAAUGGCGGCUGUAGGGGUAGGAUGACUGGCAAGACCCAGACCAGCAACGUGACCAACAAGAAUGACCCGCGCUCCCUCAACUCCCGCGUCUUCAUCGGCAACCUCAACACGGCGGUGGUCACCAAGGCCGACAUCGAGGCGCUGUUCUCCAAGUACGGCAAGAUCGUGGGCUGCUCCGUCCACAAGGGCUUCGCCUUCGUCCAGUACGCCAGCGAGAGGAACGCCCGAGGCGCCGUGGUCGGAGAGAACACCCGCGUCAUCGGCGGCCAGCCGCUAGAUAUAAACAUGGCUGGGGAGCCCAAACCUUACAGGCCCAAGAUCGGCUCCAAACGGCCGCUCUCCUCUCUCUACAGCGGCUACGAAUUCGACUACGAUUACUACAGAGACGAUUUCUACAGCAGGCUGUUUGAGUACCACGGCCGGGGGGGGGGGCCCACGCGGGCCGUGAUGCCGGUCAAGCGCUCCCGGGUGGUGGUCCCGUCCAUACGCAGGGCCAAGUCCUCCUUCCCGGUCAGGACCUCUUCCACCUCCUCCAGCUCCUCCUCCGCCUCCUCCAACGCCACCGCCAGAGCACUCCACACCGGGUCCUCGGUGACCUCUCCUAAGCUGAAAACAGACCAGCUCCUGACCAUCAAGAAGGAACUGUCCCAGAUCAAGACCAAAAUAGACUCUCUGCUGGGGAGGCUGGAAAGAUUUGAGCGACAACAUCAUGGGGAUGCUGAGACGCAGAGGAAGCAGGGGAAGGCGUACCACGGUCUCCGCGACGACCCGCACGACCAAUCCGGCGAGGAGGAAGGGGAAGGGGCGGGCGAGGUGGAGGCGGGGGAGAUGACGGACGGCGGCGAGGACGAAUACGAGGACGGCGCUCCCAGCGACAUGAUAGAGAAUCAAGUAUCGGACAUAGACAACUGAACCGGAGGUCUUACCAAGCGACGGGGAGGUCGAAUGUGAAAUUGAGAUACCAGCAAAGCCUUCUGGAUGAGGAAUCUGCGCUUAAAGGAAAACAAAACAAAUGAUGACAAAAGGAAACGCUGAGAAAGGGACCUGUGAACAUGUUUGUGCUUGUUUGCCUCUUUAAAAGACUUGCUACUAUUGAGAUGUGCUUUAUUUAAAUGAAAAAAGAGGCUAAUUAAUAUUGUAUUCCAGGCUAUUGCAAAAUCUGUUCCAAAAAAGGAAAUCGAAUAAAAACACAAAAAAAUC